UACCUGCUGGCUAUGGUGUACGUGUACUUCAGAAGAGCUCGUCUCCCUGUUGAACAUUACCACAGGAACAACUUCUUUGCAGCUCUUUACCUGGCUAAUGAUAUGGAGGAGGACGAGGAUGAGGAGAAGUACGAGAUAUUCCCGUGGGCCCUGGGAGAGGACUGGCUGCACAAGUUUCCCUCCUUCCUCCAGCAGAGAGACAGCCUCUGGUACCGCAUGAACUGCAGGGCCGUCGUCAGCAGGAAGACCUGCGAGGAGGUGAUAACAAUGGCCCCACACCACCAGAUCUGGCAGCGGUGCCGUAGGAGGCACCACGGCGGGGCCAUUCGCUCCUACACCAAGCCCCCCGUCCCCUCGCUACGGGCGAACCUCGCCUGCCUACUGCGAACA